AUGCGAUUCUCGUCGGUGGUGAGCGCGGUCUUCGGACUGUGCAUCGGGACCACUUUGUCUUCCGCGGAACAAUCUAACCUUACCACACCUCAAUCGACGCAGAGGAUACUGGCGGGCGACUUCAAGCCUGCGCCUGUCUUCGAAAACACGAACCUUGUCCGCACGAUCAACCUCGAGAAAGGCUAUGUCAGAGAGACCACCAACGUACUUGUGACGAACAUCGACAAGAGCCCCCAAUCGGAGUACUAUAUUCCCUUUGAUUCUGACCUGGUUGGCAAGAUUGGCGGGUUCGACGCCCGGGAUAAGAAGCAGGCCGCGAGAGGACAGUUGGAAGUGAGCAUUGCUGCUCUGGCCGAUGUGCUGGAUGCACAAACCCCCUCUUCCAAAUCGAUCCAUUACUACAUCAUCCAUCUCACCGAGCCCUUGCAACCCAAGGACGCCGUCACGCUCUCGAUUUCCUACCACAUCCAGGGAGCUCUGAAGCCGCUCCCGGUGUCCAUCAAACAGGAUGAAAAGCAAUACCUCACGUACAACUUCUCCGCCUACGUUCCCACCGUGUACCCGACCAUCAAACAAAAGACCAAGGUCAAAUUCCCUUCAGCAGAUGUCCCCAAAUACACGACCACAACGGGCUUGACCUCAGCCUCCGAUCCAGAAAAACAAGGAUCUUCGCUCACUUACGGACCUUACGACACGCCCAAAAUCCCCCCCGGUACAGUGUACCCUGUGGCGGUGCGCUACGAAUUCAACAAGCCGCUUUUGACAUGCAGCCUGCUGGAACGAGAUGUGGAAGUCUCCCACUGGGGCGGCAACCUCGCGACCGAAGAACGAUAUUGGCUUCACCACGACGGCGCCAAGCUGGCAAACCACUUCUCUCGUGUGGCGUACAGCACGCAGAAUUACUACAUCAACGCGGGACAGAUGACGACCUCUGCACUACGAGAACUGAAGGUCCCUUUGAAGCCAGGCAGCGUUGACGCAUACUUCACCGACGAGAUCGGCAAUGUCUCAACAUCCCGCUUCCGACCCAACUCCAUCCGCGAGGCCAGUCUUGAACUCAAGCCCCGGUACCCACUGUUUGGCGGGUGGAAUUAUACCUUCCGGAUCGGCUGGAACAACGACCUGUCCUCGUCCCUGCGCAAACUCCAGACUCCUCCCGACACGUACAUACUCUCUGUACCGUUGAUUGAAGGUCCCAAGAACCUCGAGGGAAUCCAGUACGAGAAACUCGUUUUCCGCGUUAUUCUGCCCGAAGGUGCCACCAAUGUCAAAUACCAAACGCAUGGCGGCACGGGCGUGCCGUCUCUGCAUGCUGAGCACAGUCUGCACAAAACAUUCAUGGACACGCUUGGCCGUACAGAGCUCAAGCUUACAACGACCAAUGUCGUCGAUGAGGCGAGAGAUGUCACUAUCCUGGUUACCUAUCAGUAUUCAUUCCUUGCGGGAUUGAGGAAGCCGUUCACAGUCUUUGCCGGGGUGGCGGUGGUUUUUGUCGUAGCGUUCCUGGUGGGCAGAGUCGACACUAGCAUUGGGAAGAGGAAGAAAUGA